GAUAUCCCUGUCUCUGUGCGAGUUUGUUUAUGUCCUCGUCUGUCUUUGGUUUAUUUCGUUUCUGUUUUGUUUUUUUACUGGCACGUACUGCUGUUGACCCUUGGGGUCCUUCCGGAAGGCUACCCCCCGGGCUGGUGGUGCGCACGUUCCACUAUUUAUUUAUUUAUUUGUUUCUGAUUCUUUUGUUUUCUUGUAUUUUAUCGCGCUGCUGACCCUUGGGGUCCAUUUUAUUUUGGUCAUCAAAGUGCACGAAAAUAAGAAAUGUCGACUGGAUGCAUGCCUCAUGAGCUUCGCCUCUCCCUUCUUGAACGGUGCAUGUUGCCGUCCGGCAACUUGACGACCCCCUCCGAUGCAAAUCCCACACGUCACUCUCUCCUCCUGCUCACCCUCUUCUCUGCCACCAGUACGAUCGUUAUAUAUUCGCUCGACAUUACGAUGUUUCCUCGCGGCGCAGGGAAUCUCGAAGAGAUCCCUCAUGAGUUAGUGCAGCGGUGCACACUCGACCGACCGGCUGAUGAUGGUGAUGCGCCUUCGUUCGCUGCUCAACCGGCUGGUCUAUCCGCUCUUUUCGACACGGUGGCUGAAGCGGACAUCGGGUGGGGUUUCCUCAGCCCCAAAGAGUGGUGCAGGACCAUGCUGACGUGUAAGCUGGCGAAGCAGUCUCUCAACUUCAAGCACGAGUGGCUGGCGGGACUGGGGUACAAGCUGAUCAAGCAGCCCGAGGGGUUCUCCCCCGCCGCCCUGCUGAGCGUUCUUCUUCAGGAUCCGGCGUUCAGCGGAGAAGCCUGGCGCACGGCACUUCUAACUGGCAAGGUCCACGAGCAAGCGAAAGCGGGAGCCGCGGCUGUCCACCUUGUCGCCUCUGAAACCCCCGCGGAUUCGAGAGCAUUCUGGACGGCCCGCCUCAAGGCGUUGCUGGAACUCCCCAACUUCCCGACCGGCGCACAGGCGGAAGAGGCGGAAAUGACGGUUCGCCUUCUUGUGGACCGAGAGACGGGCGCGGGCCUGUCCGCUUUGAUGAAGGCGUGCCUGUCGGUGGAAAAGCCUAACGGAACAACGACGCCGAUUGUUCUGGCCACCGUCAUCGGCGUGGCGCCUCGCAAACUGGCGGCCCCAGCGCUCCCCGCAGCCAAGUCUCCUCCUCCUGUUCCACCGGCUGUCCCUGCCGCCAAAUCGUGGGCUUCCGUCGCGGGUGAUGGCAUGCCACCCGCCGCUGCUAAGCAGUCGGAGGCGGCACAAAAAUGGCGGAAAUUGGAGAGGAAAGCAGGAUCGAAGAAGGUGGGGCUGUGGAGAAUGGUGACAGAAGAAGAAGUGGAGAAAUCCAAGAAUAUGGAGUUCCUAGACCACGAAGCCAUGUCAUCCCUCAUGGCGAAGGGCGGCGUGGCCUCCAUCCGUACGCUGGUGAUGCUCAUGGGAGGAGUCGGCGUCGAUGCCCUGAAGGCGGACGUGAGCACGCUUCCCAAGCUCAAGGGGCUCAGCAUCCCUCGCUCGGUGCGGCGGGCGAUGGUUAAGGCCCUUGCGAAAAGCUCGUGGUUCGCGCUCCUGGGCGUCUUCAGAUUCGGUGCCUUCUUCAAGAACCUGUUCAAGUGCAUCCACAUCGCCGAGGUGCUCAAAGACAGGGAGGGAAAAACCAAAACAGAACCUGACAAGGCCAAGGUGUUCCUCCUCCAAGCGCUUCUGAGGGGCGAGCGCUACCCCCGAACCCAAUCCGCGUACGACGCCCUCGCCAAGGCGGGGAAACCCUGGCACGAGCUCAUCGCCGCCCCUCUCGCUCGGAUUGCCGAGGACCCCCUAUUUCGGGUGGCCGACGAAUGGACCGCGCCUGGCUUCCAGGAGAGCCUGGCGGGAGCGAAGAUCCCGCUGCCCCGGUGCACGAGCGUGGAGAGCAUGCUGUGCGCCCACGGCAACAGAAGCGUCACCUGGCACGCGAUUUUCGAGUGCGGCGAGAUUACUUCGAGACAGAUUCUCCGGAACGUCGUCAAUCUGGCCAUGAUCAACUUCCCAGUGGAGGUAGUCAAGGUUCAGCUGCUCAAGUCAAUCGACGGCGCUCCCAUGUCGGACCUGCUGAAGGUGUACACCUUGCUCAAGAAGAAGUUCACGAGUACCGAGGUGUCGGCUCUCGGCCAAGAAGCGUUCGAGACGUCCUUCAAGGCCUCCAACAAGAUCGAGGCCGACAACAACGCCGUAGAGGAAGACGCCGCCGACCCUUCUUCCGCGCAGGCGGCGGCACCGCUGUGGCGGAGGGUGCGACGCAAGCGCAAACAACCCCAAGCGAAGAACACAACGUUUGUCCGACCCGCCGCCUUCUUGGACCAACAGGUCGAAACCGCCGAGAAGGUUGUGCCGCAUGUCCACCCGGAACCACCGCCGAGCAAGAAAUCGAAAACCGAUGACGAGGCUUGCCCCGGUGGGCCGGUUGUGAACGGGGCCGACGCCGGCCCCGCGGCAGAGGUUAAGGAGGGUUCGAACGAGGUGAGGGUGAUGCGGGAGUACAGCGUGGCGGACAAGAAAGGGCAGCGGCACCAGAUCGUCCGGCCGCGCACGGUAUCGACCAGCUUCGGGCAGCCGUGCGUCGACGCGUACGUCGGCCUGGUGGUCUCGGCGCUGUCCCAGAAGAUGGAGCAGCUAUGCUCACUGCCGGCGUUGUCGUCGCCUCGCGAUAGAAUCCCAGGCGGCACCCGCGGGGACUCGCCCGUUCCUAUGGACACGGAACAGACAAGGGACGUCAUCGUGGGGGCGACCGUUACAACGGACCAAAAGGCCCGGCCCGCCGAGGAACCAGAGUCACACCCCGGCGAGGCUGGAGCGGCGGGUGGCAUCGAUGAAAGCGCGAAGGGAAACGGCGUCGUUGGCGUGGUAUCGUACACGGAGGAGCUGCGCGAGAACGUCGUCAGGACGGGAGUGCCGCCGCCGCUGCCCAAGUACACCAGGGCCCAGCUGUGGAGAGGAGAGGACCUCUGCCUGGAUCAGCUCGGGGCCGGGGGCAUGAAGGAACUCUUGGUCGGCAUCACUUGGUGCGAGCCAAAGGGAUCUCACAACAGGAUCGACCUUGACCUGUCGGUGAUGGUGUACGAUUCCGACUGGAACCACCUUGCCGACUGCAGCUAUUCGACCCCGUCCCUAUACAUCGCUGGCGUACAGCACUCGGGCGACUUCGUGACCGCGCCCUACCCCGACGGCGCUCGCGAAACCUGCACCAUAGACUUCGCCAAGCUCAGAGAAGGGUUCCCGAAAGCCCGCUACAUCGUCCUCGCCGUGUACAGCUACUCUCGCCAGAAAUGGGACGAUCUAGAAGACGCCUCGGUUUUCGUGGCAAACCCCCACAUGCUGGGUACGGGCCCCGGGGGCAUGUCGGUCAUUUGUGCGGCGAGACUGACGGGUUCCGCCACGACAAGUGUCGCUGGAUACCUCGACCUUGGCAGCCCAGGCAUGUCCGAAGCGAAAAAGCCGCAGGGAGAAAGCGUCUUCGGCAUUCGCCAAAGCGUCUUGGAGAGAAAAGAACCGGCACCAGCGCCCAGCAACGACGCGCGUGUGCACUUCGUUUUCACCGACCAAGAGGCAAGGAUCGGCAGCGGUGGGCACCACGCACUGGGCUCCAGAGACACCGUGGGCACAAUCCUGUCGAAGGUGGAAGAGUCGCGCAAGAGUGCCGGGAGCCAGAGCCUGGCGGACGCUGCUGCUUUCCAGGCGGCCCUCGUGUGCGACACGGUUCGCAUCAUCCACGAAGAGCGAAGCCAAGGUCCGUCUACGCCCACGUUCAGGACCCUGGUCCGGGGGGACGGCGAACCUCGCUUCCCCUUCUACGAGCGGAUUGCUGCUGUGCUCGAAGACUCAAGUCCGAUCGCCCCGGCCGCAGCCAAGAAGAAGGGUCCCGGUGGGGGUGUCAGCAACUAUCCCGCCGCGGCUCUCGGUUCAACCGCCGGCCACGUUGAGCCGCAGCACACCCUGUUUUUCGGCGGAGAUUUGGACGACUGGCUCGAGGUGACGCGCCAGCACGAGAUGGGCGCAAAGGGGGGAAAAGGCACGCUGACCCUUGUGAACGUGCGGUCUGCGGAGAAGGGCUGGACGAAAGCCAACGAAGCCAGGGUGCUGAGGGUUAACGGCGCGACCUCGUACGAAGAGUUGACGCAGGCAGUGCGCGAGGCACGUGGCGGUGGUGGCGGUGGUGGCGGUGGUGGCGGUGGUGGCGGUGGUGGCGGUGGUGACAAGUGAGCACGCCGACAAAAGGAGAGAAUCGCCCUUGAAUUGCGAAAGGAGGAGUGAAAGAGGGGAGGACCUGGUUGAGCAACCCCAAACCAACACCAUCUCUCAUGCAUGUGCGGUUGGCACGAACUAUGUAUGUAACAGCUUGCAUUGUGCGUGGUUUUGUCAUCCAGUGGAGGUUUGUGCCGUUAAGGCUGGGUACAAGUCUGAAGGAUGCGCAACUACAGUAGGACUCUGUGCAAAUAGGGUGUUUUCUAUCUGGUACACAUUUAUAGUAAGGUGGCGUGAAGAUACUGGGAUAGAGCAUGGUACUGCAUUUUUUUUACGUUGAUAUCUUACACGUGACAAACUGCCGUAUGGUAGCUGCAACGACAGAUGCGGGGAGACCGUCCGAAAAGUUGACCUGGCCUUGAACACGUAGAUUCAGAGCAUGUAGAUAGAUUCAGAGUGUGGCAUCUUGAACGAAAUAACUCGUUGGAGCUCCAGUUACAAGAUGACACCUCAACUGCAACGAUAAGAAUUGUUGCACGUGCUCUCAAUGACGUCGAAACUCGACGCUCUCUUAAAAGAUCCCGCCCCCUGCCUAACUCUCGGCGGGUACACCGAAGAUUGGGUCCCCGCGUGUGCCGUGAUGAAAAACAAUC